CAAAAAAGUUGCUGCUGUCAGAUCUAUACAUAAUUCACACUAGAAUCAAACGUACACCCACAUCGACAACACAACGACACGGGGGCAAAAAAUCUAAAGAAAAACAAAAAAAAAACAACAACAACAACACACAAUACGGUGGGGGCAACAUGCCGAAAAAGGGCUCAAGAAGGUCAAGAAAGUCAAGUUCCGCCAGAUCCAAGAAUGAUGAGUCUGCCGCGGUACCUCUUUUGUCUGAGGAGGAUUGGAUGGCUCGGGAGCACGCCUAUGUGAUGCGCUUACAGGAUCUAAGGGUGUGCGUCGGCUUCAUUAACGAGUCGAUUGAGGACUACAAUGAGCUGCUGAAGCAGCAGCUAAUGGACGAACACUGGUCGCGCUAUUUGGACUGCGAUGGCCUGCCCAGACCCCAUUGGCCGCAGGACAUCCGUCGCUUUGUCUUUCAGAUGUGGUGCGAGGCGGCGGAGGCCGAACAGAACGUCGUUAGUUGGGCCCUCUCCGUGAACGAGUGCAGCAUCCUCACGCAGGACAUCUUCCGCGUGGACCUCACCCGCAAGAAGCUGGAGCAGGACCUCCGCCCCGACAUAGGCAAGCUCUACGAUGUGAAUAUUCGGGGGAUUUUGGAGACCAUCAAGCGCAUCGAUCGGAUACAGCGCAACGAGCUGGAGCUCGCUUAUCUAUCGCCAGGUCGUAUAGUGGAACUGGCAAUGAUCCAUUUUGAACUUUUUAAAGAAAUCGAAGCAUUCUUCGAUACGCUUACUUAUCGUGUGAUCUCCGCCCCCGAGGCCUUUAUGACAAAUAUUGGAUGCAUCUUGGCCAACUAUUGCUACAAGGGCAGCAAAUUUAACUUUCAGCUAUGGUGUCUGCAAGAUGUUCCCAUACGCUUCCAGUUUUUGGAAGUGCCGGUGAUGAAUGCCAAUCUGGACUGUGUGGGCCUUCAUAUCCAGCUGCCGUUCAGCGUACUCUGCGACAAUAUGACCGUGAGAUGUGUGCACACCUUCUUCGAUCCGUACUCGGAGCGGUCCAAGAGCUUUGAGAUGGUGAUUGACAGUACUAGCCUGCCGCACGCUGGCCUACUAGACAUAGAGGACUCUGUUAUCGAUGAGUGGCUCACACAGGUGGAUAUACAGGACGAAAUAAUCACAAAAAUGGAGUCGGCUAUGCAGCAGUAUGAAGAUAUCAGAGCCAACAUCGAGGCCAUACAGCCAACGAGGAAGUCAAAGAAGGACGUAAAGACGAAGGGCCAACAGCAAGGGAAGCCAAUGAAAGCACCAAAAGAGCCUCAGGCUCUGCCGGAGGGAAUGUUUCCCGAUCCGUACAAAAUAUUCAUCGAUCGCGAACAGCAGGAGUACCUAAAUUUCAUGGAUCAAUCGUAUAACCCGGCCAAAAAUCCUUCUAUUCCCGGCGAGAUCAACCUGCGGCGCUUCAUUCUAAUUGGCGGCAUCUUCGCGGUGGACUUUGUGCGCAAGCCCAAGCACACCGCUUUCGAGAAGCUCAACAUAACCCUGCACGAGGAUGGACGCAUCCUGUAUGUCGACCGGAACAGGAUGGUCGAUGAGGCUGAUGAGGUGGGCUUGUUCAGCUCCAGGUCCCACCAUGGGACCAUAAGGGAGGCGCCGUCUCGGCUGACUGCUGCCCCCAGUCGUCACGAAGUGAAGAGUGCCCCGCUCGAGGAAACAACGGAGGACGGAACGAUACUCUACUUGGGCAAGAACGAGCUGCCGUUCUUCUUCCUCACAUUCGAUCUGCCCAGGCAUCUCUGUCGCUGGGGAAGUCCCACAGUCUGCCUUUUCAUCGAAGAGGAAAUCGCGGAACCCGAAGACGAGGAAGUAGUCGAGUCGGAGCCGGAGAAGGUCAGGAAGCGACCGAGGGGCAAUAAGGGUUCCCAAAAUAUGUCCAUUACCAAGUUCUCUGAGGAUGGACGGGAACGAAGUCUGAUACCAAAAGUCGACAAGCUCGGCAAGAAAAUUGAUGAUGUGGUGGUGGGCUAUCGCAGGCCAACUGCCACUGUUAUCACGCGGCCACGCCACGAAUCGAAUAACAUUUACCGUCUCUCGCAUUUUGAAUCACUCCGCCGGAGCGCCGUGGGGUCGCGCUGCAGUACUAUCCGUCCCGGAGCGAGGAAUUUUGAAAUGUCGGGGAAGAGCCUGAACAAGCUGGAGAUUUACAUGAUUCGCAAGCAGUGUAUGCCCCGCAUCAUAUCCUCGUUCAAGUUUCCUUUGGAAUUCAAGGAGGAGCUGGACACCGAGCUGGAAAAUAAAAAGGCAGCUGGAAACAAAUUACUGCGACGACAAUUUGAGCAAGGUAAUGAUGAGGAGGCGAACGAAGUGCAGCCUUAUCCGCUCUUCAAUUUUGAGAGCCAGUUCGCACCGGAACGUGUCUAUCCGUACUUUGACGAGGCAGACCCGUUCUAUUACGAAGAUCAGGGCAAAUCCACAGAGGAGUCUGAUGAGUUUGGAAAAGCCCACAGGCAUUUUACGACUCAGAGGAUCAGUGCCUUUAACGAACCGUCACUUUUCGGUGUUCUGGCCACUCUGGACGAUAUACAGAACAAGUACAAGAGUAGCUAUAAAAGAACCUUGCCAGAGCUAACGAUUACGCGUCAGACCAAGGAGCGUUCGUCUCUAACCCGCAAGAGCAGGCUGUCCCAGUCUGCCCGGUCUACCCAAGGUGAGGGUGCUAGAGACGAGAUAGAUUUCCAGGAUAGCCGCGAUGACGAGGACUCGACCACAAGAAAACCGGAGACGGAGAGCUCAAUCUUAAGCAAAAGGGAAACUCUCAGAAAGUCCCGAAAAACCGAAGCCGCAAUUAUUUUAAAGGAGAUCCUGCCAGAACCAGAACCAGAACCGGCUGAACGAGCGCCACGACCCAAGGUCCUCCACUGGACCACCAAUCACAUAUUACACUCAAAAUUCGAUGUCGACAAGAGGACCAUAACGAUUAAGACAGAUUGCUUGGGUGUGUUUGGGAUCGCCUUCAAUCGAUAUGCCCACUUUCCCUUCCGCCACUGGUGCCUGGAGCCAAACGAGGAGAAUCCCGACGAGGUCAUCUUCACGUUGGACACCUUCUACGUUCGCAUUGUGAUGUACAUUAGCAAGGCAGGUGUACGGGGCUAUGUGAUCGACCUGCCCAAAGAGUACCAGGCCAGGCCGGAGAAGUUCAUGAACAUUGAAGAGCCCAUAUCGGAUUUUAUCGAGCUGCGACAGCGCUUCCAGGAGAUGAACAUCAAUGUGUUUGCGGAGCCGGAUGCCUGCUUCUACAUUGACAAGGGCUACUUCACGCAGAAGCACUUGGCCACUGAGGUGCAUGUCUACAAUGCGAUGGCUGUGCACUGCAAGCUGAUGAGGUUCACCCGCUCCGACUGGAACCGUUUGGCCACGCGGCGGGACAUUAUCCUGGGGCUGCGCAACCCCAAGGAUCUGGUCGAGGGAGCCGAUGUCACGGUUAGGGUGACACCCGACAGCGCCACUUUUGUGGAGGUCAAAGAGCUCUGCUCCGAUGACCUGGACGUGAUCAAGCUCGACUACCAGCUCACCUGGCGGAACGUUGGGCACUAUUCAGACGUGCAUCAGUGCAUCAACUCCAUGUAUCCCCAUGCCACAGACGUACGGAACCGAGAUGCAAAGCUGAUGUACUACAUUCGCAAGCUCUUGCAGGAGAUCCGACCCUUGAGCUUCGCUUAGGAACACCAGUGUAAACGCCAACCAAUGUGGACAGCAGCAGACCAAAAAAAUGCAUAAACUUUUUAAUUAACAGCAAUUAGACUCAA